CUGGUGGUAGGUGAACAAAAAAAAAAAACGUUUUUUUCCCCGUCGUGUGUACAGCUGCUGUCAAGUGCGCAGUCGCAGCCGCAGCCGCAGCAGCGACGCCAAAGUCCUUAAGCGUGUGUAGUGCAGGCCAUCUCGCUCUCACAUAUGCCACACAGUGCAGCUAGAUGAAUAGCAACGCACACAUACACACACUCACCGAGAGAAUCGUGUGCAGCUGCUGAGAAGCAGAUGAAAGGAGAAGAUGAUGCCAAAGCCAAAUGCCAGUAACAGACAACAACAACAGCAACAACAACAGCAACAACAACGUGCAGACGAGCAAAAAAUGUAUCUAGAUUAAUGACAAAUACAACAACAACAAGAAAAGCGACUGCAACUGCAUUAAUACAUUCCCCACACAAGUGCAUUAUUAAUAUAUUUAAUCAAAGUGUUAUCGAACGUGUUAUCGAACGUGUUAUCGAAACUAUGAAGGUUACCGUUUGCUUCGGCGAUGUUCGCAUUUUGGUGCCCUGCGGCAGCGGCGAGCUUCUCGUCCGGGAUUUGAUCAGCGAGGCCACGCGACGCUACAAAAAGGCAGCCGGCAAGGAAGCGGACUCCUGGGUGGCCGUGCAUCAUCUGCAGACGCAGUCGGGCAUCUUGGAUCCCGAUGAUUGUGUUCGCGAUGUAGCCGACGAUCGGGAACAGAUAUUGGCCCACUUUGAGGACUCCGGGCCCGAUCCGGGCGUGCCGCAGGGCGGCGGCGAUGGCGCAUCGGGCAGCUCCUCGGUGGGCACGGGCUCGCCGGACAUCUUUCGCGAUCCCACAAACACAGAGGCGCCCACGCGCGAUCUGUCCACGCCGCACAUUGAGGUGACCAGUACCACGUCCGGCCCAUUGGCUGGCCUCGGCGUGGGCCUAAUGGUGCGUCGCAGCAGCGAUCCCAAUCUGCUCGCCUCGCUCAAGGCGGAGGGCGGCAACAAGCGCUGGUCGGCGGCAGCGCCGCACUAUGCGGGCGGCGAUUCGCCGGAACGACUGAUGCUGGAUAAGGCCGGUGGCCAGCUGUCGCCACAGUGGGAGGAGGAGGACGACACUGCGGCACAGUUGAAGGAGCAAUUGCUGCAACAACAGCAGCAGCCACAACAUGCUGCUGCUGCUGCAACGGGCGCCCAUCAGCCAUUCGCCCGCUCCGGCCGGCUGUCCAUGCAGUUCCUGGGCGACGGCAACGGCUACAAGUGGAUGGAGGCAGCCGAGAAGCUGCAGCACCAGCAGCACCAACAGCCGCUGCCCACAUCGCUGCCGAACAGCGCCUACUCCAGCAAAUCGCUGCCGCGCGAAAGCAAACGCAAGGAGCCGCUGGGCCAGGCAUACGAGUCCAUACGCGAGAAGGACGGCGAGAUGCUGCUCAUUAUUAACGAGUACGGCAGUCCGCUCGGUCUGACGGCCAUGCCGGACAAGGAGCAUGGCGGCGGGCUGCUCGUGCAGCACGUAGAGCCCGGCAGUCGGGCCGAACGUGGCCGUUUGCGUCGCGAGGAUCGCAUUCUCGAGAUCAACGGCAUCAAGCUGAUCGGCCUGAGCGAGUCCCAGGUGCAGGAGCAGCUGCGACGUGCCCUCGAGUGCUCCGAGCUGCGUGUGCGCGUCCUGCGCGGCGAUCAGCAGCGUCGCCAGCAGCAGCGUCGCGACUCCAAGGUCGCCGAAAUGGUAGAAGUGGCCACCGUUUCGCCCACACGCAAGCCGCAUGCCGCUCCGGUGGGCACCUCGCUGCAGGUGGCCAACACACGCAAGCUGGGUCGCAAAAUCGAAAUACUGCUGAAGAAGGGGCCAAAUGGCCUGGGCUUUUCGGUGACCACGCGUGACAAUCCGGCGGGCGGACAUUGUCCCAUCUACAUCAAGAACAUUCUGCCACGCGGCGCGGCCAUUGAGGACGGCCGCCUGAAACCCGGCGAUCGUCUGCUUGAGGUCGACGGCACGCCCAUGACCGGGAAGACCCAAACGGAUGUGGUAGCCAUUCUGCGCGGCAUGCCCGCCGGCGCCACGGUGCGCAUUGUCGUCUCCAGGCAACAGGAGCUGGCCGAGAUGCCCAUUGGCGUAAGUUCUCUUUCAUUUGUCAAUUUCCGUCCACUUGAGAUGAAACUAACGACGUUAUGUUUGCAGCCGCCGCAACCGGAACCAGUCGAGAAGGCAGCGCCCGUUGUGACGGGUCCCGCUUCCGCUCCGAUUCCGGUGCAAAAGUCGAGUAGCGCCCGUUCGCUCUUUCAACAGCAGCAGCUGCAGCAGCAGGCACAGCUCAAUGAAUCUCAGCACUUUAUUGAUGCGGGCAGUGAGUCGGCGGCUUCCAAUGACAGCCUCCCGCCGAGCAGCAGCAGCUGGCAUUCACGGGAGGAGCUAACUCUGCACAUUCCCGUCCACGAUACUGAAAAGGCUGGGCUUGGGGUCAGUGUGAAGGGCAAGACGUGCUCCAAUCUGAACGCAUCCACGCCCAGCAGCAGCAGCAACAGCAGCAUGAAGCACGACGGUGAUCUGGGCAUAUUUGUGAAGAACGUGAUUCAUGGCGGCGCGGCAUCACGGGACGGGCGCCUGCGCAUGAACGAUCAGCUGCUGAGUGUGAAUGGCGUCUCGUUGCGCGGCCAGAACAAUGCCGAGGCCAUGGAGACACUGCGUCGCGCCAUGGUCAACAAUCCGGGCAAGCAUCCGGGCACCAUUACCCUGCUAGUCGGACGCAAGAUCCUGCGCUCGGCCAGCUCCAACGAUAUACUGGAGCACAGCCAUAGCCAUAGCAACAGCAGCAGCGGUAACAGCAACAGCAACAGCAACAACAACAACAACAGCAGCUCCAAUGCCAGCGACAACUCUGGCGCCACGGUCAUUUACUUGAGCCCGGAGAAACGUGAACCGCGCGGCAGCAGCAACGGACCGGGCAGCUCCGGCAGCGAUAUGAAUAGAUGGAGCAAUCCCGUUUUGGAUCGUCUAACCGGUGGCAUUUGCUCCACAAACUCAACGCAGCCAACACAACAACAACAACAACAGCAGCACCUGCAGCAGCAGCAGCAGCAACAGCAGCUGCAAUCGCAGGCGCAACAGCGCCGUUUGCCACCGCCCCCGCUGGGCGGCAACAAUGCGGGAUUGCGCAACGAGAGCUACUAUAUGGCCACCAAUGACAAUUGGUCGCCGGCGCCGCUGCAGCUGCUCAAUGGGCAUGGCAACACGGCGCUGCUCAUCGAGGACGAUGCGGAGCCCAUGUCACCCACGCUGCCAGUGCGCGCACACGAUGGCCAGCACUGCAACGCGAGCAGCGCGAACACAUCGCAGGCGAGCGCCAACCUGGGCCAGGGCUUGGGAGGCGGCGGAGGCGGAACGGCACCCGUGGCGGGCAGUUUCGAUGCCACAUACUCGUCGCAGCUUAGUCUGGAGACGAACAAUUCGGGCGUGGAGCAUUUCUCGCGCGAUGCUUUAGGCAGGCGCAGCAUCUCGGAGAAGCAUCACGCGGCGCUGGAUGCUCGCGAAACGGGCACCUAUCAGCGCAACAAGAAGCUGCGCGAGGAGCGGGAACGCGAACGCCGCAUUCAGCUAACCAAAUCGGCUGUCUAUGGCGGCUCCAUUGAAUCGCUGACGGCGCGCAUCGCCAGUGCGAACGCCCAAAUGGCAGCAGCGGCGGCUGGCUAUAAGCAUGCCAAGACCAGCUCCCAUAUUGAGCAGCGGGAACAGCAGCUGCUGGCCGCCGAGGCGGAAGCGCGCGAUAAGCUGGGCGACUUGGGCCCCUCGCUGGGCCUCAAGAAGUCCUCCUCACUGGAAUCGCUGCAGACCAUGGUCCAGGAGCUGCAAAUGUCCGAUGAGCCGCGGGCUCAUCAUGCGCUGCGCGCACCACGCGGACGCGGACGCGAGGAUAGCCUGCGUGCCGCCGUUGUCAGCGAACCGGAUGCAAACAAGCCGCGCAAGACCUGGCUGCUCGAGGAGGGCGAUCACGAGGGCGGCUUUGCCUCGCAGCGCAACGGACCCUUCCAGAGCUCUCUCAACGAUGGCAAGCAUGGCAGCAAGUCGCGGGCCAAGAAGCCGAGCAUAUUGCGCGGCAUCGGGCACAUGUUUCGCUUUGGCAAGAAUCGCAAGGAUGGCGUUGUGCCCGUCGAUACCUAUGCCACAUCCUCGAUUGUAUCCUCGACGCCGCCAGCAACUGGCCAGUCCCACCAGCAUCAGCACCAGCAUCAGCAGCAAAUCCCAGCCGCUGCGCUUGCCGCACUGGAACGGAAUGGCAAACCGCCAGCGUAUCAACCGCCGCCGCCGCUGCCAGCACCAAAUGCAGCUGGUGGUGGUGGUGCAGCAGCAGCGGCAGGCGUUGCAGCUGCCACAGGAGGCGGCAACGGCGGCACCCUUAACGGUGGCAUACAUCAGAAUGAUAUAUUCAAUCAUCGCUAUCAGCAUUAUGCCAACUAUGAAGAUCUGCACCAGCAUCAGAUCAGCGACGGCGUUCAAGAGACGCUCUCGGAGUCGACGAUCGAGUGCAUGCGACAGCAGGUGAUCCGGCAGCGCAUCAAGGUUGAGGCCGAAAGUCGCCGUCAUCAGCAUUACCAUUCGCAGCGCAGCGCCCGCUCUCAGGACGUCAGUAUGCAUUCCUCAUCCAGCCCACAGCAGCCACCACUGCCGCUGCCCCCCUCCGCGGCAGCCGUUGCCGCAGCACAUCAGUCAUAUCAGCAAUCCAACGGACUGCGCCCCAUGAGCAGCUACUACGAGUACGACACCGUGCAGCAGCAGCAGCGCGUUGGCAGCAUCAAGCACAGCCAUAGCCACCAUGGACACCACAAUGGCAACUCGUCGUCGCCCAUCAGCGUGAAUGUAGCACAGCCGCACUGGAAGGCAGCGGCACUCAAUGGCUAUUCUCCGGCAUCGUUGAACAGCAGCGCACGCAGCCGCGGACCGUUCGUCACCCAGGUGACCAUACGCGAGCAGACCGGCAUGCCGCAGACCCAAUCGCAAUCGCAGCCACAGCAGCCCACCUAUCAGACCGUGCAAAAGAUAGCGACAGCGCAGUCGCAAUAUGGCAGCGCUGCCGGCGUCCAGCCGCAUGCGUCCAAGGUGUGACUAUAGGUGCUGGCGCAUGCGC